GUGAACGAGAAUUUAAAAAAUUUAGAAUAGUGUAUGUGAAUAAAAAAGAAAAUAAUUUUUAAAAUUUUCAAAAUGUCAAUUAACAAUGAAGGAGUGAUAAGGGAAGUAAAUAUUACAAAUUCAACUUCCGUUAUAUCGCAAAUGAAUAAUAAUACCGAUGAAAAUAAUCAAAAGGAAAAAGCUGCAAUAUCCCUUAUGGAAUUGGGCCAUACAAAUAAUGUUAAUCAAAAUUUAUUACGUAAUUCAGUGGUUCAUUCAAUACAUCCAUCCUCACCUGUAAGUGAUAAUUCAAGAGCAUCAUCUAACAGUUGGUCUGAAUAUCAAAAUUAUGGACAAAAUGAAAAAGUCAUUAAUUUUAAUGAACAAAUUGUUAAUUCCUGGGAAAUGAAAGCUGAUCAAAAUAUGAAUAUGAAUAAAAAUGAUUCUGAAAUAAUAAAAGCUGAAAAUUCAUUUUCAACUGAAAAUAAUACAACAUAUGAAAUUCAAGGCUCAGAUAUACAGAAGAAACAAGGAAAAAGUAAACGAUCAAGAACAGCCUAUACAAGUGGACAAUUAAUUGAAUUGGAAAAAGAAUUUCAUCACGCACGUUAUUUGCAUCGUGCACGAAGAAUUGAAUUGGCAACAUCAUUGAGUUUAUCUGAACGACAAAUAAAAAUUUGGUUUCAAAAUCGUCGUAUGAAAUAUAAAAAGGAACAAAUCAAUAAAACAACUAAUAAUGGAACAUUUAUCAAGGAAUCAUUUAUUGAAACAACGGGACAACAACAAAUUAAUACAAAAAUAAUUCCCAAUAUAUCGUCAAUGAGACGUAAUUAUACAAAUUCAACAAAUCAAUAUGGCUAUCCAACGUGUUAUACAAUUGGUAAUACAACGGGAAAAAUUGAAAAUUCUGAACAAACAAUAAAUAAUUUUAAGGACAAUAAUGAACAUUACAGUGGAAAUGGUGGUAAUAAUGGAUUGGAUUCAUCUGUUUAUCAAAUUUCACAAAAUGAUUAUUAUGAUAUAACAAGUGUUAGGGAUAAUUAUUUUUCACAACAACAAGUAUGGCAACAUCAUCCAAGUCAAUAUACAACAUAUCAACAUCAACAAUAUCCAUCAUAUCAACAUUAUCAACUUUCGCAAGAUGUGGGAAAAUAUUGUUAUGAAUUACAAACGGAAAAUUGUAAUGAUUUAACGGUUUUAUAAAAAAA